CCCUCCAAAACCCAAUCUCCCUCUCCCUCUCCCUCUCCCUCUCUCGCUCUCACUCUCUCUCUUCGAUCAGACCUGUUCGUCGAUGGCGGAAGAUUCGCAGUUGACUGAAGGUCAAGCGGAUUGUUCGUCCCCCUCUCCUCGUCCUCCUUCUUUCUCCCUCUGCGAUGGCGGAGGAGCUGUUGCUGCUUCUCCUGUGGGCGCGGGUUUGAUGAAUCUUGGCAACACCUGCUUCCUCAACGCGGUGCUCCAGUGCAUCACCCACACCGUUCCACUCGUGAAGGCUCUCAGAUCUUCAGAUCAUAGAUCUCGAUGCGAAAGAGAGGUUUUUUGUGUUCUGUGUGCUAUUGGUGAUCAUGUUGAGCUGGCUUUGUCGUCUUCUGGGGGAACUCUUCUCCCGCGAUAUCUGGUGGAGAACGUCUGCGAUGCAUCUUCAGCAUUCAGUAGAUAUGAGCAAGAAGAUGCGCACGAGUUUCUGCACUGGUUGCUCGAUGGCCUUCACACGUGCUCAUUGCCUCCUAAAUCCACCGAUAAAUUGUCAUCAGCAGACGAGGAUAGCUUUGUAAAACAGAUCUUUGGGGGAAGUCUCCGGAGCCAGAUUAAGUGCUGCAACUGUGGUAACCGCUCGGAUACUUUUGAGCCUCUACUAGAUCUGAGUUUGGAGAUUGACGACGCAGAUCGUCUCAUAGAUGCUUUGUCGUCAUUCACAAAGAUCGAGCCUAUAGACGACCCUGAUCUAAAGUUCACAUGCGACAGCUGCAAGCAGCAAGUGGCAGUAGAGAAGCAGCUUACUUUGAACCGUCUACCAAAUAUUAUUGCAUUCCAUCUCAAACGCUUCAGAAACAAUGGGCCUGAAGUGGAAAAAAUUGGGAAAUUUGUCGAGUACCCAUUGGAGAUUGAUUUACAACCCUUUCUCAGCAAUCCAGAUGAUGGGAGAGGUGACGGCAAGUAUGAUCUGUAUGCACUUGUGGUGCAUACUGGAGGCACGUCAACCUUUGGGCAUUAUUUCAGUUUUUUCCGUUCCUCUCCAGAUUCUUGGCACCGGCUGGAUGAUUCACUGGUUGACACAGCCAGUAAAACAGCUGCUCUCAGUCAAGAAGCAUAUAUUUUGUUCUACAAGCGACAAGAUUCCCCAUGGUUUUCCAGUACAAUCGAGGUGCAAAUAGAGGCGCAGAAGAAACAAUCUGACAUGAACAGUGCCACAACGUCUCCUCAGUCAGUAUUAGACGACACCGAGACUUCUCGCAUGCCGUUCUCCACCUGUUCAACAAGUGCCUCUGGCAGCGAGGUUGACGACACACCAGAAGCCAUGGAUGUGCGCCCUUCAACGCCCUUGCCAACUUCGCUGCCUAUCUGUCCAGACGACGAGCCUGAAGAAACCUUUCAGAUAGUACGGCCAAGGUCUGAUUUUGACGUAGAGAACAUCAAUUCCUCAAAUCAACUCGACAUGAAGACUCCACCACACAUUAAAACCCCUCAGUCACUGGAGGACCAGCGUAACACAGAAAGCUUGAAGAGACUGAUUAGCAGAAUGCCCAGUUCCCGACGAUCGGGCUUGAUCGCCUGCAUCAACUCUCCGAGCGGGUCCCCCGGCGAUUGCUCUGAUGGCAGGAAAACAAAGAGGGGCAAGCUAUCUAAACAAUCAACACCUUCAGCGUCAUCAUCUAAGAGGAUAUCCAGGAAUGCGAGCCCACUGUCCAGCAAUAAUGGCAGCGUGGUCUCCUUCCAGAGCAUCAGCCCACAGACUUUAAAGCGAGCCUGUGUUGCUGGUGCUUCUCACUUAGAUAUUGAUUUCGAAUGCUGAAAAGUAUCAGUGUUUAUUGUUUUCUCGUUAGAGAUCUCCAUUAGAUUCUACUGUCGUGAAAUUGUCAUCCUUCGUUACCGAGAGAGAUGAGGCGUUCCAUCAAUAACCUUUUCUAGGCUGUUGGAAAAAUCGACUAGCUGCGACCGCAUUAUGGUUUGUGGGCUGGUUUCCAGUAUCUCGCUUGUUUUUCCAAUUGUAGAAUAAGCAUCUACUUGCUGCCAUGUGUCGUUUUAGCAGCUUAUGGAGGGUUUCAGGCUUUCAGCGUCUCGCCUGUAAGAACAGUUCCUCAUUUUUUUAGAUGAACGGUAAUUUAUAAUACUUUUGGCAAUUUUUAGACAAUA